AAACCCUAAAACCCUUCUUCUUGUUGCAUCCAACAGAACAGAACAGAAGCAGAAAAAUGUGGGGAUUGCUGAUAAGAGAAGGUCGCAAAGCAUCAUCAUCAUCACCAUGGAACCUAAACCUCAUCCGUAACAUGGGUGGCGGUCCUCGUACUUUCCCCGACGGCGUUAGCAAAUGGAAAUGGAAACGAAUGCACGAAAAACGCGCCAAAGAUAAACAGAAAAAACUUCUCGAACAAGAGAAACAAGUCUAUCAAGGACGCAUUCGAUCUCUAAUACGUUCAACUCUCUCACCUUCUUCUUCAUCUUCAUCUUCUACUCAUAACCCUAUUUCCCCUCAUCAACAUCUCAAAGCCCUCGCCGAUCGUUUCAUGAAAGACGGCGCUCAAGAUCUCUGGAACGACUCCGACGGCCCAUUAACCCCAAUCGAAGCCCAGGACCAACCCCAGGCCCAAAUUGAAGCCCGACCUUCGUCACAAAUUGAUUUGCGCAAACUCGCACACCAACCUUCAAAUCGGAAUUUGAAUAAUUUUUCACAAAUUAGGGGUUUCCGUUCUGUUCCUGAUGUUAGUGAUUUGAGUGAUAGGAAGCGUGAUUUGAGUGAUAGGAAGCGUGUUGGAACGGAAAAGAAAAGAAUUUGGAGAAAGAAUGAUUCUUCUAGUGACGAUGAGAGUGAGGAUGAAGUUGAAUCUCAGAAUCAGGGUUAUAAUUCUAAUGUGGGUAGUAUUGCUUCUUUGGGUAAAUAUGAUGUGAAGAGGGAGAGGAGAGUGAUGCCUAAGAAAUUUGAUGAUGGAACUGAUUUUUCGGAGCAGGUUCAGUUGAUUAAGUAUGAGAUUCGUAAGAAAAAGUUGAGUCAGAAUAGGGAAAAUCAGGUUGAGGAACAGGAAAACAUUCUUAGUAAGACAAGAUUUGACGAGUGUGCUAUAUCACCGUUGACAAUCAAAGCACUUUCUUCAUCUGGUUACAUUCAUAUGACCCGGGUUCAAGAGACUAGCCUCCCUGUUUGUCUUGAGGAUGUGGAUGUUAUGGUCAAGGCUAAAACUGGCACUGGAAAAACAGCAGCUUUUUUGCUUCCUGCUAUUGAAACAGUUUUGAAAGCUAUGAGUAGCAAUACCUCUCAUCGUGCGCCACCAAUAUAUGUUCUUAUUCUAUGCCCUACCAGAGAACUUGCUAGUCAAAUUGCUGCUGAAGCAAAGGUUUUGCUGAAAUAUCAUGAUGGCAUUGGGGUGCAGACUUUAGUUGGAGGUGUACGAUUUAAAGAUGACCAAAAACGCCUUGAAUCAGAUCCAUGCCAGAUGCUUGUUGCUACACCUGGUAGGUUGCUGGAUCAUAUUGAGAAUAAGUCUGGAAUAUCUGUACGGUUGAUGGGCUUGCAGAUGCUUGUACUUGAUGAAGCUGAUCAUUUACUGGACCUUGGGUUUCGAAAGGAUAUAGAAAAAAUUGUUGAUUGUUUGCCCCGGCAAAGGCAAUCCUUGCUGUUUUCAGCAACCAUGCCAAAGGAGGUCCGUCGGUUAUCUCAGGUUGUUUUGAAAAGGGAACACAAAUAUGUUGAUACAUUUGGAAUGGGCUGUGUGGAAACUCCUGUUCAAGUAAAACAAUCCUAUCUUAUCGCUCCACAUGAAUCACACUUUCAGAUAGUGCAUCAUAUUUUGAAAGACCAUAUCUCACAAACACCUGAUUAUAAGGUUAUUGUUUUCUGUACAACUGCGAUGGUGGCAUCACUCACGUAUCACCUUCUUCGGGAUAUGAAACUGAACGUUAGGGAGAUACAUUCUCGAAAGCCUCAGCUGUAUCAAACCCGCGUAUCAGAUGAGUUUAAGGAAUCCAAACAAAUGAUUCUUGUCUCCUCCGAUGUUGGAAUAAGUUAUCCUGACGUCACAUUAGUCGUACAGGUGGGAAUUCCUUCAGACCGUGAACAAUACAUACAUCGUCUAAGAAGAACAGGACGGGAAGGCAAAGAAGGAAAAGGCAUACUGUUGAUUGCACCAUGGGAAGAGUAUUUUUUAAAUAAGAUCAAGGAUCUUCCUCUAGAGAAAUUCCCCUUGCCAGAUUUAGAUCCACAGGCACAGCUUAAGAUUGAGCAAUCAAUGGCUAAGAUUGAUAAAGACAUCAAAGAAGCAGCUUAUCAUGCUUGGCUUUGUUAUUACAACUCCAUCAUGGAGAUUGGGAGGGAGAAGACCACAGUAGCUGAGCUGGCAAACCAAUUUUCUGAAUCAAUUGGUUUACAGACGCCGCCUUCACUCUUCCGAAAAACUGCACUAAAAAUGGGUUUGAAAGACAUUCCAGGCAUUAGAAUUCGCAGAUAGCUCUUGUACAUUAGAAAAAGUAAUGAAACUGAAGAUUCAUAUCUUCUAAUGCAAAAAGUUGCUUCUUAGUAAGCUAAUUUAUGUUUGGAUGAUACUUAUAUGUUCCUCUGAUAAGUUUUACAUAAAUUGAGAAUAGAGAAGCUGUUGGAAUAAA